AUCUGCCAUCACUUGCACAGCAGAUGAGAGUACGCAAACAUGGGAGUAGACAGCUCCGUGAACGGCGAUGCGCGUUCCCGACAAUAAACCUCUGACGCCUUCAUCCGGGAACUACUACGAACUCGCUCUCCAACAUGGCGGCGUCAGGUAAGAAGAAGAAUAAGAAGGGGAAGACCCUCACUCUGACUGACUUCCUGGCAGAGGACAGUGGAGGCAGCAACGUGGCCCCCAGCUACCCGACCAAAUCCACUAGCUGGGCAGAUGAGACUGACGACCUGGACGGCGAUGUCUCAACUUCGUGGCACACGGAGGAAGAUAGCUACCGGGCACCACCCAUCGACCGCUCUAUCCUGCCCACAGCACCACGCUCGGCUCGGGAACCCAAUAUCGACCGGUCUCGACUGCCCCGCAGCCCACCUUACACCGCCUUCCUGGGCAACCUGCCUUAUGAUGUCACUGAGGAUUCGAUCAAAGACUUCUUCCGCGGCUUGGCAAUCAGUGCAGUGCGUCUGCCUCGAGAGCCCAGUAACCCAGAGAGGCUGAAGGGCUUUGGCUAUGCUGAAUUUGAUGAUGUGGAAUCCCUCUUGAGGGCCCUCAGUCUCAAUGAGGAGAACCUGGGAAAUCGAAGGAUUCGUGUGGAUAUUGCAGAUCAAUCUAAUGACAAAGAGAGAGACAGUGGAUCUAUGGGAGGCCGAGACAGGGGAGGACGGAUGUCAGACAUGGGUCCUGACAAGACAGACACUGACUGGAGGGCUCGGCCCAGUGCAGACUUCGACGAUGGGCCUCAAAGGAGGGAUGAUGCCUUUGGGGAGAGGUCACGGGACCGUUAUGAGUCAGACCGUUACAGAGACGGACCACGGCGGGACAAUGACCGCUAUGACGGAGGAAGAGACCGCUACCGUGAUCGUUAUGACGACAGGGACCGCAGAGAAUACGAUAGAGGUUAUGACUCUCGCGGUGGUGGAGGAGGUCGUCGAGCCUUUGGCAGUGGCUUCCGCCGUGAUUAUGAUGACAGUCGGAGUAGCAACGAUCGUUAUGGGGAUCGAGACCGUUAUGGCGAUCGAGAAGAGCGGUACGAGAGACGGGAUGACAGGCGUGAGGAAAGAGGUCCUCCUCAGAGGCCCAAGUUGAACCUUAAGCCCCGCAGUGUGCCCAAGGAGGAGGAAGGUAGUGGUGGUAAUUCCUCAACUCCAACUCCGAGCUCUGGCAGCAGGGCCUCAUCCAUUUUUGGUGCGGCCAAGCCGGUUGACACGGCAUCCAAGGAGAGGGAGGUGGAGGAGAGGCUGAAGAAGCAGGAAGAGAGGCUGCAGAGGCAGCUGGAGGAGGACAAAGGCCGGGGACCUGACAGAAAGAUGCGAGACAGGGACCCAAGCUGGCGCAAUGAGGAAUCUCAUCCCCAGCGAUCUCGCACAGGAAGUGAGUCUUCGCAGCAAGGGAGCACUUCUGGAAGAGGGUCCCGGUGUCGAGAUAGCGAGCGCUCUGGGGAGAAUGAGGUUUUCAGUGGGAGAGAAGGUGACCCCUCCUCCCCUGGGGCGUCCCCGCAUCCCCCCUCUACCAGCUCCUCCAAGGAGCCGCUGAAGGUGAUGCCUGCACCUCCUCCCAAGGAGAACGCCUGGGCCAAGAGAAGUGCAGCCAGCACAGGCUCCUGUGAUGGUGAAGGGCGACCUCCAGUCUCUCCUGUCUCCCCAAGUGGUUCAGCUCCUCCCAAGCUCAGCUCCCUAAGUUGUGCAGAUGAAAGAGGAUCUGGAAAAGAUGAGAACAAGGCUGACUGUGUGCGUCGGGACCGGGGGCCUCCACGGGCACGAGGGGGGCCUGCAGGGCCUGGAGCGGGGCGGGGCCGAGGAGAGGGGCCCAACAGAGACCGAAGAAAGGAGGCAGACAGAAAGGAUAACAGAAGAGACCGAGACUCCAGACCACCUCCAGAGCCAAAGAAAUUUGAAGAAACCCCGACCCCUAAGUUCAGCUCAGCCAGUAAGUACGCCGCUUUGCUAAUGGAUGGAGACCAAGGAGAUGACGCAGAGGAUGUAGACUAGAGAGAAAAUAACAAGACGAGGCCUGAAAGUGCAAGACGGGGAGAAGAUGACGAACACAGGAAAACAAAAAUAAUCUCACAUAGCUUACGAAAAGAAAAAAAAAACUCCGUACAUGGAAAAGGCUCCUGGGAGGACAUCGCUCACUCCCUUCUUUCCUCCUACAAACUUGUCCUUUACUUUCAGAACCACCCACCCAUCCUCCCUCCCCUGCCCCACCUUCAAGACUAUUCAGGUUUGAAAGAAUAGUCGCAUACUGGACUUGUUUUAAAUGGAGAAAAAGGAGUAGCUGACAUGGCAAAGUUAUGGAUAACAUUGAAUUAAUUGUGAUAAAUAAAUGGAAAAAAGUGGGGAAAAAAAUGAAUUUGUAUAUUUGUGGAUCACAGGUCUGGCGAGUUUGGAUUAUAUGGCAAAUUAUGUAGUUUAGUAAGCAGAAGCUGUUUUUUUUUAUAUAUAUAAAUUUUGAUUGAUUUGCAUAAUUCCUACAUUAAAUGCAUAGCUGUUAAUUAUAACUCCUUUCUAUUCAUUAGUGAAUCAUUUGGUAUUUAUAGAAUUAUUCAAAAGCUGUCUCUUAAAUCAAAUUCAUUCAAAAAAAUUGGUCAAGAAAAUCCUGUCUUCCGGCGCUAACAGUCGUGAAUGCUGAGACUGGUUGCUAAUUUAAAAACAGUUGUCCAUCAUGUGCGCACCUUUCAACAAAUCAGUGAUUGCAUUCUUUUCAAACUGCCUGACACAGUAUUACGUGAGAGGACUGUACACGCGUUACAUUGCAUAACCGCAGGAGUGACUUGUAUGUCGAGACGGAAAGAAAAACAGUCGCUGCACGAUUCUCUCUGCGAAUUGCUGUUACCAUCACCCCGAUCAUUGUACAGAGGUCUCUUUCUACACCUCCUGAUGAAAUAAUCAGUUCAAUUAAAGGCUCAUAAUGGUCGUCUCCAGUCGUCCUAAA